UUUUUUUUUUUUCAUUUAUUCCAUAUGCUUCGUUCUUUUCUUCAACCUAUUAGAGUGAAAACACUCAUUCAUACACAACAUCGAACUUUUAGUACAACUUUAUUAAGAUUAUCACAAGAAACUCAAGAUAAUAAUACUAUUGAAUCAGAAGAAGAACAACAACAAGAACCAAUCAAACUUUCUCGAAGAAGACGACGAUUCCAUGAAUGGGCUCAAUCUAUUGGAAGUAGAUAUACAAGACCUGCUGAAGGCACAACCAAUUAUCUUGGCAUGACACCUUUCCCUAAGAAUCCACUUUUUCAACCUAGACCUCCUCUUUCUGACGCCAAACGUGAAGAAAUCUAUCAAUUGUAUGUAUCUGAUCCUGAAGUAUGGACUAUUCGACAAUUGGCUGGUAAAUUUGGAUAUUCUUUAAAACGUGUAGAAGCUAUUUUGAAAUUGAAAGCAAGUGAAAAAGAAAUGGAAGCUUCAGGUAUUCCUUUACAACGUCAAUUCACCAAAGGCAUGGAACAAUAUAUGGGUGCUGAUCAACCUGCCGUUUUAUUGCAAGAACCAUUAAUUGAUAUUUUCCCCAAUGUCAGUAAACCUAGAUUCAAGUUGAUAGAAGAAGAUGCUGAAUUCACUUCCAAGGAUGCUGCCAAUGUAUUGAAUCGAAAACCUUACAAGUUAUUGGAAAAACAAAGUAUUGCUUUAGAAGAAGCUAAAUUCAAACCUUCAGCAACUCAAUCACAAGACAACACCUCAUCCUCCAAGAAAGCAAGUAAAUUUGUUAUUGUAGAUACAAGUAGUCAAUAGAAUAGAAAAAUCCCCCCCUCCCUCAUCAUCAUUCUUCUUUUUUUUUUUCCUCUUUUCUUUUUUUUUUUAUUGUCAUUAUUUCCU